UUACUGCUGUAUGCUACGACUUGUGCGUCGACAGCACGGGGUGAACAGUGCACGUGCUUCACGCCGUGGUUGCCCUGCAGGUGAGGACCACUAGAAGGUUCGGAUAGCGAAACUGAGAUUACCCUGGUGGACGAAAAAAAAGAAAAAGAACACCGACACCAUAUUCAAUGCAUCCAUCAUAUCUGCCAUACACAACACAUCAUUCAUCACUGCCACCACUGGUAUCUCCACAAGCUGUGCCAACCCGGCGCUCACGUCUACAAACAACAUACCAGUAGUAUGGAACAGUGGUGACUGCACGUCGCUGGACAAGUACAAGUUUACGGAUACUUUCAGGGACGCCAGCUACCCCACAGGAAACUAGUCCAACAAUGCGAACUAGGCGGACACCCAAGACGACCCCAAGUACCGAUACCACUGAAGCUACCGAGGCCGAGACCGAACCGGAGACGCCGACUCCGACCAAGAAGAGGAUAGCGUGCGAGAGAUUUGAAUGCGUGGUAGCGGGGGGACUGAUAAGCAGAAUGAGAAACCUGGACUUGAACCCUUGCGACAAUUUCUACAGCUACCUUUGCGCCAAAAAAGUUACCAAGACGGCUAAGAAAACCACAGCCUUUGACGUCUUCCAAGAUCCCUCCUUCAAAAAGCUUGAACGUGAUCUUUCUGCGGUUGGGAAGGUCUACAGAGCCUACAAACAGUGUGUUCAGGCUGGGGCUACUCAAGCAGCAGCAAUAAACGAAGUGAAGAACAUGUUGGAACAGAUCGGCUUGCCUGAUUGGCCCUCGUGGCCUCCAUUAGAUAGUGCACCCGGGUUGGGUAAUGUACUUCUCCUGAUGGCCAAUGCUAUGGGACUGAUCAAUGUACUGAACCUCUUCCCACAUCGAGGAGUGUUGAACAUCGAACUUAAAAUGGACACAACACUGUUCCCGAGCGACGACAAGGUGGAUGACUACAAGAAACGUAUUGUCCGUGGAAUGCAGAUUUUCAGAGGCCCCCAAUCCAGCAUCAAUGAAAGUGAUCUGAAUACAGCCGCCGAGGACAUAUACAAGUUUGAAAAGAAUCUCAUUGCGAUUACACAGGUUAAAACAGAUAGCCAGGACUUCGAUAAAACGACUACUAUCAGUCAACUCAUGACUGAAAUACCUCAGUUUCCCUGGCUUAUCUUCUUUCAAGCGUUGCACAAGAAAAUCACUGCCCGAGAUGAAAAAUAUAUAAAAUUUGACGGCAUCACCGACCAGACGUUGGUUACAGUUCGGAACUUUAACCAUUUCGCCACCGGCGUUCAAGUCCUUGGGAGUUUCCGCAACGGCCCAUCAGCCAACUUCCUUGGAUGGUACGCCGUUUCUCAGACCUGGAACAUCAUGACCUCACCGGAAAAUCCCGACAAUGUCAAAGACCCUGAGGCGAAAGAAAAGUUCUGUUUCAACUUCCUAAACAAAACGGCCAACGAAGUAGUAGCGAAAAUCUACGUCCAGUCCUCCAUUUCUGACAAAGCACAGGCUCGGCUGCUACAGCUACGAAUGAGCAUCCUGGACAGUUUCCAGACGAUGCUGAACGGUCAGCUGUGGAUGAAGCCUGAGAUGAAAGCCUACGCUACGAGUAGGCUGGACCGUGCCGUUCUUAUGCUUGGAUAUCCAGACUGGUUCAUGGACAACAAGACGCUUGACGCAACAUUGGAGUUCGUCGAAGAGUACCAAAAAGACACACCCGUGGUCGCCAUUCUGAACAGCUUCCGAAGAAAUCACUUCCUGAAAACCUUGAAGAGUGUCGGCUAUACCACGGAACGAACCCCAUGGGUUGGCGAUAUCGACGCUGUGAAUGCGUUCUACGACUCGAUUCGAGAUAUUGCGUUUGUACCUGCUGGUGUGCUCCAGACGCCGUAUUACGGUGAACACUUACCACAGGCAUUCGUCAUGGGCGCACUUGGAUCCCUCGUUGGUCGCGAACUAGGUAUGGCGUUCACAAAACCAGCAUUCCAGAACAGCAUUGAUGGUAGCUACACACGAGUAAACCUGCAACAACAGAAGGAGCUGGACGACAAAAUGGAAUGCUUCCGUGGGAUGUAUGGGAGUGCUUCAAGCAGCAACAUGCAUACACCACAAGCCGAGCGUGAGCUCGCUAUGCAUAUUGCGGACAACGCAGGACUGGACGUGGCCUACUGGGCCUACCAGGAAACGACUGCUGGAAUAGAGGAGAAGGUAUUGUCACUCGCAGAAGACCUCAGUGAUGCGGAACUGUUUUUCGCAGCAUAUGGCAUGAUGUCCUGUCUGAAUUCUGUCGAUGAAAAGAGGAUGAACGUAGCGCUCGGAAACAUGCCCUCAUUUCUUCAGGCCUUCAACUGUACUGAAACGGCAAAGAUGAAGAUUCAAAAUGGAUGCCCCCUUUGGAGGAGAGAUGCUAGUCGGCAGAAACUUUAAUCGAAAUUUCAAAUCUCCUUAAUUAAAAUAUGAUAUUAUUUAA